CACAGACAGACACACACACUACUUUGCGAUUGAUUGGCAGUUGUGGUGGUUGUGGCGUUGUGAUGAUGAUGCCUGGCGGGCGUGGGCGAGGUCUCCGGCUGCUGGUGUUGCUGCUUGGUGUAGCAGCGGUCUGCGUUCAUGCCAGUGCACCAGCACCAGCACCAGUACCAGCACCAGCACCAGCACCAGCACCAGCACCAGCAAGCAGCAAGCACAACCAUGAGGCUGGCACGUUGUGCACGGACGUCGGCAUGACUCUGAGGCGUCUCACAACGACGUUGCAAGCAUUCGGCGUUCCAGUGACACCAUCAUCUGAACACCGCUUCCGCUCACGCACGCAGCAGAGCCAGCACGGCAACUUCACGCCUGCCGCAGCAAGCACUGCGAGGACGACACGUGCCCGUGCCCAUGUCGCAAUCGACCUAUCAUCGAUCCAACGCAUGAUGAGCGCCUUUGGCUGUGCCCCAACGAACGGCCCCAGUGAGGACAAAGGAUGGCAGCAGCAGCACCACCACCACAACCAGCAGCAGCCAACGCCAAGCGCACACAAUCAGGAGGCAUUUCCACAGACCCCACCUGCACCAGCACAUAAAGGGAUUGAUGGAAACAGCAGUGGCAAUAACUUCCACCUCAGCCCUUCUCGACACCAUCAACAACAGCAGCAGCAGCAGCAACAGCAGCACACGCGUGUGCGGCGAAGCGACGAGCCCACCGUGCAGGCGGGCCAGUGCACGCUGGCGAGCGUGAUUGACGGGUCGUGCCCUGGUGCCGACGCUGGGGGCCGACUCACCAUCACCUUGGCUGAGGGCGACGCGGUGGACGACAGCACCGAUGCAAGCACGCUGCACGCCAUCUCCCCACCUGUCCAUGAGCUGACGGUGAUCGGCCACGUUGAAGAAGAGCCCCUGCAAUGGCUUGUCAACAGCAACUGGACAUUCUGCACGGUGAUCACGGUUGAGGGCGUGCGCUUCCCCACCUUUCGACUGAGCAUCCUUAACCCGUUGAUGAACAUCCACACCGUCACCAUCCAGGACAGCGAGCUGCUCCGCGCUGUUGACGCUCGCAGCUUCCAACACACGGCGGCGCUGGUCACGUUUCGCGUGAUCCACUGCUCACUGACAUCUGUCCCUGAUGUCUCCGGCAUGGCCACGCUGAGGAUCCUCAACUUGCAAGGAAACCGCGUUCGCCGCGUGGGCAAGAGCGACCUACAAGGCACGCCGCAGCUGCAGCAGCUGGCCUUGAGCGAGAAUGUCAUUUCCAAGGUCGAACUUGGGGCAUUGGAUGGUCUCAGCCAGCUGCAGACGUUGAUCCUCGCUGCAAACAACAUCACCAGCACCGCUGGACUCUUCCGCUCCCUACCCCGCCUCGGCAUCCUCCAGCUGGCACAGAAUCCAAUCACACGGCUUGAAGCUGAUGUGUUCCACGCGCUGACUCGACUGACCAGUCUCUCUAUCGAGUACACGCGCCUGACCAGCUUGCCGCCGACGCUGCUGGCAAAGGCAACUCGCCUCGUCCGCCUCUUCCUGACACACAACUUCAUCACGUCUCUUCCAGACACCAUCUUCUCGAGCCUGUCAUCGCUAAAUGAGCUGCACCUCUUCAGCAACAGACUCACAUCCCUGCCACCGCGCGUAUUCAAAGACUUGACGGCGAUGACACGCCUCGACUUGCUGAACAACGACAUUUCUGCUCUGCCCGUUGGCAUUCUCGACACGUGCACGCGUCUGCUCUUCUUCCAGUGCAACAGCAACCGCCUCACUGCGCUCCCUCCAAACCUGUUUGCCAACGCCCCCAAACUGCAGCAAAUCUCCUUUGCCAACAAUGCCAUUCGCACCGUCAACAACGCCCUUGGGCUCGCCGCCCUCACGGCGCUGCGCCUGAUCAACCUGGACCACAACCAGUUGACGGACCUGCACCUUGGAGCAAUGCUUCCCAGCGCUGUGCUGCUGAGUUUGGACAACAACCCAAUGCGCGCUGUGCCAGACCUGAGCAUGACUCCUGCACUGGAGACGUUUCGCAUGAGGAACCAUCGCAUCACGCACAUCGACCUGGCACCGCUCCUCGCUCUGCCCCGUUUGGGCGUUCUGGAGAUUGGCGCUUCCCUGCAGGCACAGGCUAAAGCGGUGUUGCCGGCCAACAGCAACAUUGCCAACGUUGCGCCCCUUUCCACCCUUGGCCUGGAGAAUGUGGACAUCAGCGCCAUCGUUUCGUCACUUGGGCAAUUGGCAUCGCUGAGCCUAGAUGCCCUGCACGCGGGCUGGCCCGGCGCCACCAGCGACACGCUUCCCAUGAGUGCCCUGUGCGCCGUGCUUGCAAGCAACGUGCGGGAGCUCCGUAUCGCCAACACGGACCUCAGCACGAUUGACCUGUGCCCUGACAAGGCAUUUGACGUGCUUCUUCUCACGGACAACAGGCAUCUCGAAUCCGUUACGGUUCACGACCCACUGCGUGAGCUCAACGUGUCAGGCUGCACUCGAUUGACCUCCAUCGACGCACCUCCCAUCGACAUUCUCGACAUCAGCAGCACCAACUUGCCGCUUACGGGUGCACUGUGCACGCGGUGGGGGCGACGUGUUCUCUUCGCCCGCAACUUGGGCGGAGUCGUCGACAUUCGCGAUGCCAUCCUGAGCAUGCGCAACUGUCUUGAGCAUGUGGACGUGUUGGAUUUCUCGGGCAACGCGUGGGUCAGCGACGUGGACGAGAUGAACCGCAUCACAGAGCGAACAAUUGCGCUGUCGACGAGCGAAUUUGCAACUGCGGACUUUGGUGAGAUUGCCAAUCGGCCCAUGCCUCCGAUUCUCCAGCUGACGGAUGCCCCCAUUGAAUGCGCGCUUGAACUGUCAAAUCAGGACUUGCGGCCAUUGCGCAAUCCGAUUGUUGUCUCUGCGGAGCUGGUGUUUUCGUUUCAUUGCACGUGCGCCCGUGGCUUUCGGAUGACGUCGGGUGGGCGGUGCGUGUUCAACGAGCCCAACAUCUCCACGAUUGUUGCCGCGUCUGUCAUAUCUGGCCUGGCAUUUGGCCUGCUCAUGGCGUGGCUGUCACGCCGCUACCGUGGGCUCACCAAGCGCAUCGGCCUACAGGAGCAGCUGCUGGUGGAGAGGGACGAGGAGGUGAUGGCGCUGAAGAAGGCGUGGGAGAUUGAGUACGAUGAGCUGAGGCUUGUUGAGCGUGUGGCUGCAGGUGCGUUUGGCGUGGUGUUCAAGGCAGAGUGGGACACAGUCACAGUGGCAGUGAAGGUGCUGCAGCAAAGUGUGAUGAUGUUUGACGAGAGCACGGUGCAGGAGUUUGAGAAGGAGGUGGAGUUCCUGCAGCGGACACGGCACCCGAAUGUGGUGCGGUUCUUUGGCGCGGGCACAGACCCCAACGGCAGCCCGUUCCUGGUGCUGGAGUUUGUGGCCAUGGGGUCGCUCAAGGACUUGUUGGGCAAGGACAUGGAGGAAGUGUUGAUGGAAGUGAGGAGCAGGAAGGUCGAGGAAAGCAGCAACGGCAGUGUCAGGGAUGAUGUGAAUCGUGUGUGGGAACUGAAGCUGCGACUGCUGCGGGAUGUUGCCAGUGGCAUGGCCUUCAUCCACAGUCUGGACCAGAUGCACCGAGACCUGAAGAGCGGAAACGUGCUGGUGUCAUCGUCGCUUCGCGCCAAGAUUACGGAUUUCGGAUCCAUUCGCCAGUGCUUCACGCGUGGUGGCAGGGCCCACGGCAGCCGCUACACUCGCCUCUCCUCCAGCCAUGAUGUUGAUGACCCCCAAUACUCGCAGCAGGCUGGGCUGCAGACAAUGACGAGCAUGACGCUGACGGCUGGUGUGGGCACACCGCUGUACAUGGCACCAGAAGCAUUGACGGGCGACAAGUACAGCUUCGAGGCCGACAUCUUCAGCUUUGGCGUGCUGAUGUGGGAGGUGGCAACGCAGCGUGUGCCGGACUUGCUCGAACAAGAGAAGGGGAGCGACUUUCGCGGUCCCAUGCUGGCGACGCUCAGCAACUUGCUGCAGGAUGGGAAACGCUUGCGAUUUGAUGACAGCGAACAAGAUGCCAUCCCCGAGUGGUUCCAGUCGCUGACGUACAAGUGCAUGGCGCAGAACCCGCGUGCGCGCCCGUCGUUUGGGGAGCUCAAGGACCACCACUUUGCAUAGGAACCGUGUUUGUGGGGCUUGUUGUGAUCACGUCUUGCUAUUGUGUGUGUGUGUGCAUGUGUGUGUGUGUGUGUGUGUGUGUGCAUGCGCGCGUGCGUGCGUGUAUGUGCGAAUGUCUUAGAUUCGUUUGUGUUUUGUCUUAGCAUGUCCGCGGAUGUACCGUUUUGUUUGUUCAUCGACUCUUUCGUGAUAGGUCCAAGCGAUGUGAUACGAGACAGUCAUAAAGGGAACAUGAAGGACCC